GCGGUGUCUCCAUCCCACCCUCCCUCCAUCCCAUCCAAGAUGGUGCGGAAGCUGAAGUACCACGAGCAGAAGCUGCUGCGGCGGCUGGAGCUGGUGAGCUGGGAGGCGGCGGGGGGGAGCCUGGCGGAGGUGAAGGCCCUGCGGCGUUAUCGGUUGGGCCGGCGGGAGGACUACGUGAGGUACAAAGCCCUGGCCCGCACCGUCCGCGCCUUGGCCCGCCGCCUGCGCGAUCUGGGGCCGGCCAGCGCCGCCUUCCGCACCCGCUGCGCCGCCGCGCUGCUGGAGAAGCUCUACGGGCUGGGGCUGGUGGGCAACCGGAGGUCCUUGGCCGCCUGCGAGAGCCUCUCGGCCGCCGCUUUCUGCCGCCGCCGCCUGCCCUGCCUGCUGGUGAAGCUGCGGAUGGCCCAGAACCUCCGCCACGCCGUCACCUUCGUGGAGCAAGGCCACAUCCGCGUAGGCCCCGAGGUGGUGACCGACCCCGCGCUCCUCGUCCCCCGAGCCGUGGAGGACUUCAUCACCUGGGUGGACGCCUCCCGCCUGCGGCAGAAGGUCCUCGACUACAACCAGGAGCGUGACGACUUCGACCUGGCUGCCUAAGGGAUGCCCUACCAUCAUCGUCCUGCCCCAUGGGACAUGCAUGGGAAUAGACACACAAGGGUGAGACCACCAUGGUACCACCAUCAGACCCCCAUUUACACCCCUGAAACACACCUAAAAGAGGAAAAUGUGCUCACUAGUAUGAGCUAGGAGGAGAGGAACAACGUCCUAGUAGCCUGUUGUUCUCCAACUCCACGUCAUAGAAUGGUCCAGGCCAGCAGGGACCUCCAAAGGUCAUCUAGUCUGACCUCCCCGCAGUCAGCAGGGACACCCUCAACUAGACCAGGUUGCCCAGAGCCUCAUUGAGCUUCACCUUGAUUAUCUCCAGGGAAGGGGAUUCAACCACCUCCCUGGGCAACCUGUUCCAGUGCUCCACUACCCUCACAGUAAAGAUCAUUCUUUGUGAUUCCAUGAGCUCUCUUUCACAGCCAAAGGCUCCAAUCAUCCAUGUGGAGAAACGUCCCGUCCACAUCA